CAUUGCCGUAGUUGCAGGUUGCAGUUUAUUUUCUAUUUAUUUUUCAAAAAAAUAGUUAAUUGCAAUAAUAGAAAAAUGGCUGCUCUGGUGGUUCAAUCCCGCUUCGCCGGUUUAAAGAUCGAUGACGACUAUCCUUCCAGCGAGACUCAAAAGGUCAAGAAGACUAAGCCUAGCACUGUUAAGAAACCUGAGCCACCAAAGAAAACUAAGAACAAUAACACCAAGUCUCAGAGUGCUGGCAAGAAGAAGAAGUCCAAAGCUCCUCAGGAGACAGCUGAGCAGUGGGAGCAGUGGAAACAGAAAGAUGAAGAGCUCGUUGAUGGCAACUAUGAAUCUGAAUUGCAACAGGCAAUUCUUCUAUCCAAACUGGACUACGAACAAAAGAAGGAUGUCUACAAGCAGUUUAAGAAAGAAGCGGAAUUGGAGAAGAAGACAGUAGAGAAACCCAGCAAGAAACAGAAAAAGAAAAAUGUGAUGAGCCUUGAACAGUUCAAUGAUAUGGUCAAUGCUGGUGAAGAACAAAGACAUAACCAUCAUGAGGAGUCGCAGCCAAACAAUUCUCCAAAGUCUGUUGACAAAAGCGAGGAGUUCUUUGCCAAGGUCCGGGAUGAUGCUAAGAAUGAAAUGCUGAAAGAGAAAAUCAACGAGAGAGUCAGAAACCAGAAGUCAAUACCUGAUGAAGUCAUUACGAGAGUCCAGUUCGCUGACACUCUUGAAAGGAAGGACAAGGAAAUAGCUGCAUUGAAGUUGGAAGUAGCUGGUCUUAAGCAGGAACUCCUCACAGUCAAGUUAAGGAAUAGGAAACUAUGCAGCAUUUUAGGGCAGGGCGAAAUGAAGGACAAGGCCGAGGUGCUGGUGGAGGUGGAGCGCCUGCGCGGCGUGCAGGCCGAGCUCAACACGGAGCUGGCGCAGCUGCACACGGCGCUGCAGCGCGAGCGCUCGCGCCACGCCGACUCGCGCACCAAGGACAAGAAGAAAAAAAGUGGAGGCGACAAAGAGAAAUAGCAGAUUUGGCAAUCGCCUCCAACUAAUGCAAAUAUGCGUGUGCACGGAAUUAUUUAGUUUCACUGAUAUUGUUCCAUUAAUAUACAUGAAAUGCAUAGCAGCUAGUAUUUAGGGAAAGGUACUUCCAUUAUUAUAGUCAAGAUGAAAAUAUCUCAAGUGAUAAUGAUUUUUCAUAGUAUAAAAUUCCUCAAAAUGUGUAAAUAUGAGUGAAACAAAUAAGCCCAUUUUAUAUGUUCUCAAUUAUAAGAGAGUCAAUUUGUGGAAUGUAAUUUUAAGCAUUUGAAAUCAUAAUCCGUAUGAAAAUUGUAUACUAUUUCUAUGGAUAAGUCUUUUGAGAUUUACUUCCUAUUACAAUGAAGAAAUGAAGAUCUCUUUUUUAAAGUAAAUUUUUUAGUUUGUAACAUAACAAAUUUAUUUGUCUCAAAAUAAAUGUGUUUAUGUGUUUGUAGUGACAAUUUGAACAUUUUAAACUUAAGAGCGGUUACAAACGGGGACUUUAGCAGCGAUGCUGUCGCUAAUCGUCUACAUUUGAUUUUAAGCAGCUAUGCAAACGCGAUACAAGCGCGCGACUGCAUCGAUACAAACGCGCGAUUGCAUCGCUACACUUCGGAUUUAUAGGCGAUUGCAUGAGUUUGCAUCGAUGUAAUCGCUUAUAAUCGCAAUUGUAGCGAUACAAUCACGCAAUUCAUGAACGCGCGUUUGCAUCGGUGCUAAAAACCACCGUGUGUAACCAUUCUUACUGGUACAAAAUGAACACUAUACAUACUGUGAUUA